AUGAUAAGAAAUACUGCAUUAAGAAGGCUAAUUCAAUCUAAAGAUAUACUCGCUGGUAAAAAAGCAUUCAGCUCAGUAACUCUGGGUACCAAGUAUACUGCAGACUUCAGACAAUAUCUAAAACUUCCAAAUGGUGAAAUUGGAUCUUAUUUCCAUGAUAUCCCAAUUGAGCUAAAUGAAACAGAUUGUACAGUCCAGAUGGUCACAGAAGUUUCACGUUGGUCGAAUGGUAAAUUUGAAAUAUCUAAGGAGCUAGACUUUAACCCGAUUGUUCAAGAUGUUAAGAAUGAAAACGUUAGGUUCGUUCAUAAUAUAUUUCCAUACCAUGGCUACAUCCAUAAUUACGGUGCACUUCCUCAGACAUGGGAAAAUCCGACUAAAUUCAGUGCCAUACCAGGAACUGAAACUUUGAAAGGUGAUAAUGAUCCAUUAGACUGUUGUGAAAUUGGCUCACGAAUACAGAAUAUUGGUGAUAUUAGCACAGUGAAAGUAUUGGGGUCUUUGGGGCUCAUUGACGACGGUGAGCUAGACUGGAAGGUUAUUGUUAUAAACGUUAAGGAUCCAAUGGCUCAGAAACUUAAUGAUUUUAAGGACGUUGAUAAGAAUUUCCCGGGCUUGUUAGAAGCUACUCGUGAAUGGUUUAGAGCCUACAAAGUCCCAGCAGGUAAACCAGAAAAUAGUUUUGCAUUUGAUGGGCAUUAUAAGAAUGCAGAAGAAACCAUUCAAAUUAUUAAAGAAUGUCAUAAAGAAUGGGAAUCAUUGAUUUCUGGUAACUUACAUAAAUUACAUCCUGAUAUACCUGUUAUCAAGAGAGCUGGUCUGGGAGUUACUCUUGAGAGUGAAAAUAAAACACCAAAUGAAAUUCCAAAUUAUGUAUAUAAAUGGCACUAUAUUAAUAAGUAA